AUGAAACCCAUGCCUCCGGCGACGUUUGUGAAAGGGGCCUCACUGGUAGCGAGACAGGCAACGUUCGAUCCUCUCAGGGGAGCGUUCGUUGUCCUCGCUAGACCAAAUGAUCCCGAACUGAAUCUGCCAGAACGGAGGAGAGGGCUGGGAGCCAUGGGUCUAUUCAAGGAUAAUGGUCUGGUCAAGGACGUAUUGUCUGAGGCAGAAGGAAGGCAACCUUUCAAGCUACCGAAGGUGCAUAAGCGAAGACCUCCCCCGGGGAUUCGCUUGACGAACGACCUUGGCACAGUCAUGCAGAUGAACGAACUCACAGCUAACGAAAAGGCCGCUCUUUGGAGCAACUACGAAAGGGCCAUGGAACGGUUCCUGCAGAAAGAAGGAGACCUAGAAAGUGUGACAUGGAGGCACCGCGUGACUCACGAGCCAGCCCCACCAUGGUUCCACCACCGAUGGCCCACCAAGCAAAUCGCUCGCGCACCGCCGCCAUACGGCACCGAGGAUGUCCCUGAAAGCUUGUCGCCCGCUGCGGUCCUUCGGAGCGGCCGGCGAGCGUGCAAAAGUUUCAACCAGGAUCAAGGGGAGCGUCUGCUGACAUGGAAGGAGAUGAAGGGAGACAGGGUUGACCCGCCGCCCCAGCGCAAGCUGCCCCCCUCAUACGAGGCCGAUGACGCACACAUGGACGCAAUGAUGGACGACGAGCGGUCAAUGCGGCUCGCCGUGCCGAUGCACAAGCAGCGCCGUCAUGUUCCGGGUCAGGUGGGCGAAAUUUCAGGGGCCAUCCGUCCUAUCGGCGAUCGCGAAAGGAGAGAACUGCGCGCCCUAGAGACGCACGAGUUCACGGUUCCGAAGAAACCGACCCCCCCCCCUCCCGCUGCGACUGCCAGAACGCCGUACCUACGGCCCAGCCACCACUCGAUCGCCAGUAGUAGCUAG